AGCACCUCCUUCCCCCAGAAGCCUCUAGAACUUUCAACCUCUCUUCAACCUUCCUUAAUUGUUUCUUCUUAAAGAUCAGAUGUGAUCCAAUGCCUGUAUUCUCAAUGUCAUGGUUCUCUUCAUAAUCAGGCCAUGCAGCAUUUUAUUCUGAUCGCUCAUAGCCUUAGUUGCUGUCUUUCUCACAUAAAUCGAGGCCUCCCGUUAUUAAACCUCGACACGCACCAACGUUAACCGGCGAGGCUAUAACCUCCGCAUUCUCCAUUUCAACUUGUAGUUCCGGUCGGCCACGAUGUCUGACGUUGUUGACCCUUGCGGUGGUUGUUAUUACUCUGUGCUUGGGAUAAGCAAGCAGGCCACCGAUUGUGAAAUCCGAGGCGCUUAUCGUAAAAUGGCUCUGAAAUGGCAUCCGGAUAGGUGGACUAGAGAGCCAAAGCUUGCUACAGAAGCUAAAAGACGGUUUCAGCAAAUUCAAGAGGCUUAUUCGGUUUUGUCUAAUAAAGGGAAGAGAACCAUAUAUGAUGCUGGCUUGUUUGGUUUCAUCGGAGACGACGACGACGAGGAGGGAUUCGUUGAUUUCAUGCAAGAACUGAUCUUGAUGACGCAGACAGAGAGCCCCCAGGAACACACAUUGGAGGAUCUUGAGAGACUGAUGAUGGGCAUGAUGGAGGACCACAGUGAAGGAACGGGGAUAUCUGAGUUUCAAUCCACCACUCCCACGAAAAAGAUUCGAAUCAAAUGAUUUUUUUUUUUUGUUAAUCGAUUCGUAUAUGAUUUCCAUCAAUAUCGAUCUAGAAUGAUAUUUAGAAAAUUUCUCUCUUGGCUUCAAAUAAUCAUAUUGUCAUGUCAAUUUUUCUGUU